UGCAAGGGUGGGUUUAUGGCCUGGGGCUCCUGGUUACUGAUUUACCACGGGAGGGGAAGGACGGCGAGGCCGGGCAGCUGCGAGCAUUCAGCAGGCUCCCACGGCGGUGGCAGGACAGGGGGCUCGUCCCGGAGGAGCCAGAGGUGCCCGAACCCACACGGGGCGAGGAUGCUGCGCUGGAGCCUGCUGCUGCUGUGCCUGCUCCUGCCCUGCUCGGAGCAGCAGUACCUGGAGAACGCCACGCGCAUCAUGGAGAGCACGCCGGUCAUCGAUGGGCACAACGACCUGCCCUGGCAGCUCCUCAAAAGGUUCAACAACCGGCUGGGGCUGCCGGAGUCCAACCUGACGCAGCUGAACGGCACGCACACCAACAUCCCCAAACUCAACACCGGCCACGUGGGCGGCCAGUUCUGGUCGGUGUACGUGCCCUGCGAGACGCAGAACAAGGACGCGGUGAAGCGCACGCUGGAGCAGAUCGACGUGGUGCACCGCAUGUGCCAGCUCUACCCCGACACCUUCUCCUGCGUCGUGGACAGCGCUGGCAUCGAGGCGGCUUUUCGGAACAAGAAAGUGGCCAGCCUCAUCGGCGUGGAGGGCGGCCACUCCAUCGACAGCAGCCUGGGCGUCCUGCGUACCUUCUACAUGCUGGGCGUCCGCUACAUGACCCUCACCCACAGCUGCAACACGCCCUGGGCUGACAACUGGCUGGUGGACACGGCGGAGGAGUCGCCCGUGCACCACGGCCUCUCGGCUUUUGGCAAGACCGUGGUGGAGGAGAUGAACCGGCUGGGCAUGAUCGUGGACCUGGCCCACGUCUCGGUGGCCACCAUGAGGAUGGUGCUGAACAUCUCCAAAGCCCCCGUCAUCUUCAGCCACUCCUCCGCCUAUGGCCUCUGCCCGCACCGCCGCAACGUGCCGGAUGACGUGCUGAGGAUGGUGGCUGCCAAGGAGGGGCUGGUGAUGGUCAACUUCUACAACGACUAUGUGACCUGCAGUGACAAGGCCAACCUGAGCGACGUGGCGAACCACAUGGACUACGUGAAGAGGGUGGCAGGCUACCAGUUUGUGGGCUUCGGUGGGGACUACGACGGCGUCACGAGGCUCCCCACGGGGCUGGAGGACGUCUCCACCUACCCGGCGCUGGUGGCGGAGCUGCUGCGCAGGGGCUGGACGGAGCAGGAGGUGAGGGCGGCGCUGGCAGGCAACCUGCUCCGUGUCUUCAAGAAGGUGGAGGAGGUGAAGGUGUCCCUGCAGGGCACGGCGCCCCUGGAGGAGCCCAUCGCCCUCGAGGAGCUGUCUGGGGAGUGCAGGACGAGCUACGGAUACACCGACACCACCACCGGGGCCGGCCCAGCCCCGCUCCUGCCGGCAGCCCUGGUGCUGGCGCUGCCCCUGCUCAGCACCCUGCUGUCCUAGCACCCUGCUGAGGGUGCUGGGUGCCCCCCGGCACGGCUGGACCCUGCCAGCACCUCACCCCGAGCACCAUGAAGCCGUGCCAGGCAGUGCGCAUCGCCCCCAAGCCCCCAGGGGUGCAUGGUGGGGUUGGCACCUGCCCCGCUGCGGUGACGAGCCACCACGGCGUGCCACCGGCCACCCUGAUGGCACCCUGAUGGCACCCUGAUGGCACCCUGGCACGGCACCGGGCACCCCGGCGUGGCGGAGGCACUCGGUGGGUGCCCACCCCGGGCUGGGGGCUGCCACCACACCGGGAGUGAGACAUCGCCGCAACAGCCGGCCAGGUGGCGGCGGGGCUGCCUCCGCAGGAUGCUUCCAUUAAUCAUUAGCGAAUUAAUUGGUUACUCAAUCA